AUGGCAUUGAAAGGAGGUGACAAGGAGGACAAGACCCCACCCAAGAACCCACGCCAAGCCAUCAUGGAUCGCCAGAUUGCCAAUUUUCGAAAUGGCACUGGUAUCCUGUUGAACUUUCACAUUACUCAUCAUGGUGGCACCACAGUGUGCCGAGAACUGGGCUAUAGUCUGAAACGUCCUUCCUUUGCUUGCAUGGGCCCCAAGGAGCUCAGUGAGGAAGAACGCGCCGACUUUCCCAAAGCAGCCCCAUGGGAAUACAAUAAGACUGGCACAAACAUUGACAUUAUACGAAGAAACUAUCGAUUUGUCGCAUGGGAGUUUCGGAAUCCGCCAAAACCAAAAGCGCCUCAAAUGUUGGAUACAAAUUGGGAUCAUCCAAACUUGGUGUCAGUUAUUGUAAUGAGGGAACCAAUCAGCCGCAGUCUAGCAGGUGAUGGCAAAAUGAUGAGAAAAUAUCCAACAAUUUGGGAUAAAGCAGGUGUUGCCAGCAAUAAUGGAACUUUGGAAGACUUUUGGCAAUUUGCCCAGGAGCCAGUACACAACAACAAUUAUGCACUCCGAAUAUUGUCUGACAGCACGUGUUGCAAUGGAUCCAAUACUGAUGUCAGUUAUUUGGAAGAAGCCACGGAAUUUGUCAGUCGCUUCACCUUUGUCAUUGACAUUGCCUGUUUGGGAGACAGCCUCCAAAAAUUGGCUGACGUCUUGGGUAUUGAACUGACACAGAACACAAAAUCCGCAGAUAGCCACCAUCAACACAAAACGCUUGAAGAGAGAAUUCCUUAUCCUAAAGUCCUAAACUACCUGAAAGAAAAGAACAAGCGGGAUAUCGAAUUGUAUGAAUGGUCCAAGACACGCAGCAUUCUGGAUUGUUCAGCAUUGGAACAACAGAAAGUACCGGCAUCCGACUCAAAGAAAAAGGUGCCUCCGUAG